AAGGCAGCUAAUUUAACGUUCUGUCUGACUUACUAUUCAAAAAAUACUUAUUUAGGAAUAAACUGUGGAAGCGGACACCAUUAGAAGAAGUGGGUGGUAAACAAUGUCCAAAAGUGAACUGACUGUUGGUAAUUUACUUCCGGCAUCAGUGUGUGAGCAGCUAUUUGGGUUCCUCUGUUGUUUCGGCGUGCUGAAGUGGGAGAGAUGUGGCUGAAUCCGGCCGAGGUUUCUCUGAAAACAGCGCUUAACCUGUGGAUCACAGAGAAGUCUAACGAUUAUUUUCUCCUGCAGCGGAGGAGGGGGCAUGGAGAUACCGGGGGCAAAAUCACUGGUAUGUUGGUGGGAGCAUUGGAUACUGUAUUGGACUCAACUGCUCGAGUUGCUCCCUUCCGAAUCCUUCUGCAAGUGCCGGGUUCACAGGUCAGCUGGAUCAUUGCUAGUGGAGCCAUGUCUGAAGAAGUUCAGAAACACUGGAAAUGGCUGGAUCAGAACUUGUUGCCAUACAUGUCUGUGUUCGAGAACAAACAGGAUGCAGCGAUCUUUGUGAAGGGCAAAGUCAAGGGCCUAAUUGCAGAGGAAGUGCUAGUUGGCCAGGCGGCACAGGAAGAUGACCCUACACGAUUCCGUGAGGCGAUGGUGCGAUUCGAGCAGCGAUUUGGCCUUCCAUCAAGAGAGAAAUUGGUGGCUCAUUACUCCUGCUGCUGCUGGAAAGGACGAGUACCACGCCAGGGCUGGCUCUACCUUUCCACUAAUCACCUGGCUUUCUACUCAUUCCUGCUUGGAAAAGAGGUGAAACUACUGAUCCCGUGGGCAGACGUCACGUCUCUGGAGCGUGCAACAUUCGGCCUCAUAAACGACGCGAUCCGGGUUCGAACUCGCCAAAAACAGCGAGAAUUCUCUAUGUUUCUUGAUGCAGACGAAGUGAUGACCGUGUUGACUCAGCUAGCCGAUAUGGCCUUACGAAGGCUGUUUGAUAACGCCCCUAAAGAACCAGAUGCCAGUAUUACCAAAAGAGCACUGGAGCAGCAGGCUCUGCGCCAGUAUGUGCUCUCUCUCUUUGGCCUGCCACGUUCAGAGAUACUGCAGGAAGUGAUGCGAUGCUCAGCAUGGACGCCUCACGCCCGGUGUCACACAGCAGGAAAUCUCUAUGUUAUUGAAAACUACAUAGCAUUCAACAGCCUUCAUGAGGGACAGUGCAUCCUUCUUAUACCACUUGCAGAGGUGCAGUCCAUUGAGAAAGCAGAAAGCACAGGCGCACUCCCAAACCCAGUCAUCAUCAGCGUGCGCUCAAAACGAGCGUUCCAGCUGAUUGAAGUGACACAUCGCGAUCAGCUUGUGGACAGUCUGAAUUCCCGCCUACGUGUCCUGCACUGGCAAAGUCAGCAGAAAAAAACCCUGAUUUCCCCCUCUCCAUAUUACACCUUCUGCUAUGAUACAGAGGACACACUCCAGCCCAUAGUUCUCGAGGAAGCGCUGAUCACCACAUUCCAGACCAGCCAAUCAGAAUCUUCUGAGCACAGGCGCCUGUGGGAUGAGCACUUUGAAGAGUUUGGUCGUGGUGUACAUAUGUUCCGCACUGAGGCAACUAGAAAGCUGGUGGCUGCUGGAAUCCCAAAAUCUUUACGUGGAGAGAUGUGGCUUACCUUUUCAGACACUUACUCAUCUUUGAACACUCACCCUCAUUAUUACUCCAAUCUGCUGGAAAGAAGAACAAACGAGCACACAAGUGAUGAGAUCGAGAGGGACCUUCGGCGCUCGCUACCCGAACAUGCGGCAUUCCAGAGCGAAACGGGUAUUUCUGCACUGCGGCGUGUCCUGAAUGCCUACGCCCUCCGCAACCCGGGUAUUGGCUACUGCCAGUCUAUGAACAUCCUAGCAUCAGUGUUGCUGCUCUACACUCGAGAAGAAGAAGCUUUUUGGUUGCUGGUAACAGUGUGUGAAAGAAUGCUGCCUGAUUAUUUCAACCUCAGAGUCAUUGGUGCUCAGGUGGACCGCUCUGUGUUUGAGGAGCUAAUUCGUGAGCGAUUGCCACACCUAGCCGAACGUGUUCCAGAUCUUUCGUCCCUCUCCUCGCUCUCGCUCUCCUGGUUCCUGGCUCUGUUCCUCAGUGUGGUACCAUUCUGUAGCGGCCUGCGCAUCCUCGAUUGUUUCUUCUUCCACGGUGUUAAAGUCAUUUUUCAGCUCGGACUUGCUGUGCUUGAUGCUAACGUUGAUGAAAUUUGCGCCAGCACUGAUGAUGGUCAAGCUUUGAUGACUCUUACUAGUUUCCUUGAGCAGGUCAGAGACGAUGAUGAAAUGUGUGGUUGUACUGAGGAGACGGGGCCUGCGGGACACACUCACAUCAGCACUUUAAUUAACGAUGCAUAUGAGAAAUUUGGAGAUCUGACAGUGAAGCAGCUGGAGAAGAUGAGAUCCAGGCACAGAAUUCAAGUUCUUCAGUCCCAUGAGGACACCAACAAAGAAAACGCUCUUCGGCUCUUAUCAGCCAACGUUUCUCUCUCCCAGGAGAUUCUGUCAGAUCUUUAUGACCUUUUUAAGACAGAGCAUUUCGUUAACCUGUACUGGGGAGAUGAAGCGUGUUCUGCCCCCACUGUAAAAUACCAAGUGGAUCGAGCCCAGUUUAAGAGUCUGUACCAGUUGUUAAUGCCCUGGCAGUGUGGAUCACAUGCAGAUACAAUGGCACAAAGAACGUUCAACCUGCUGGACCAAGACGGGCAAAACCGCAUCACAUUUAGCCAGUUUGCCCAGUGGAUCGACACGCUGUACUGUGAAGAUUUGAACGAAAGGAUCAGACUGCUUUAUCGUCUUCACAUUCCACCUGCACUGACUGAGAAUGAAGAUAAUCCCUCUCCUGUGAAAAGCCCCAUCCUUUCUACUACCAGACCUCUUUAUGUGAACCUGCCAAAUGGGGAGAGAAAAAGCUAUGAGGAGCAGCUGAAACAGAUGCUUAAGGAUUUAGCCAAAGAGAAAGACAAAGGUCUGGAGAAACCCCUUCCUCCAAUGAAACAGCGGGAGUUUGUCCAGUUUUGCAAGACACUGUGCAGCAUGUUUUACGGCCACCCUGGUGAAAACGAACUCUUCCAGGCCAUCGCAAUGGUCACCAGUCUAGUGCUGCAGAUCGGUGAGGCUGGGCACAAGGCAGCAGAGCAAAUAAAAUCUGACCAGGCAACCUCUGGUUCAUCUAUGGAAAAUGUCUCAGAGGCUGAAGGUUCUUGGACGGUGAGUUUUGAGCAGAUACUGGCCUCACUGCUAACUGAGCAAGUGCUGGUUAACUUCCUCGAGACAUCAGAGGAUCUCAGCAUGAAGAUUGCAUCUGCAAAAGAGAAGCAGUACCAGCAACGCUCAGGUCUGCUGAUGAUCCAGCAUGAGAUGAGCUUAGGGUAGGUUCCAGGGCUUCCUACAAAACGAGCUGUAAGACAAACGUGCAAUUUAAAGACGCAAGGGUUUUUGUGUUCUGGGGACACAAGAAAAUGUAUCAAGUCUUGAAAGAUCACAUCUUGGACUAUGCAAAAUUCUCGUAACUUUAGUUGGUCUAAUAACAUCCUUGACUAACAGCGUUGCAUUUCUUGAUCCUGCAUCUCUUAACUUCUAGACUUCCACAAGUUUUAGGCUGUUGCCAGUGUAAAAUAGCUCCUGGACUGACAAAGCCAUGCACAAAGUUUGUGGAUCUUGGUAAACAUCCAUAUAAAAAGGUGCACCCACCACUGCUGAGAUCGCGAUCUCUUUAAGUCUGAAUCUUAUGACAUGAUUGGCUGUGCCUGAGCUGUUUAAAGCUAGAUUUGCAGGGAAUAAUGAAGAUCAGAGAGGGACUUUCUGUAUAUUAAAAUGAUCUUUGUGUGAACCUGUUUCAUGCAGGCGUAGAGAAGUGGUAAGCUACUAUAUACACAUACGUCAUAGGAGGCAUGUUAGAUACAGACCUCCUCGUUCAGUGAAGGAAAUAUACAACUAAAGAUUGCGAGGAAAAGGGUAAAGUACAUAAUAGAAUCUUUAAAAAUCCUAUUAAACCAAGAACUACAUGAAGAUUUAUACCAGCGCUGUCUGGUGUAUGGUCAGUCUUCGAUCAGCUGAUAAUUUAAGAUCUUCAGUCCAUGCUUCUAAGAUAACUUUAAAAGACCAGCGAAUGAGAUCAAGAUAAACUUUUAAUAUUUCUAUCAGAAACAGUCCUGCAGAUUAUCAGAUGGGGCUUUACUGGUGUCAGCUAAGAUCUAGAUCUGCCUACUUGAUUUUUUAAGAUUGAAGGCAGGUGUUUCCUAACAGUCAUUAGUUGAGGUGCAACAGGCUAAACAGUGGCCAAAAGCUGCUCUUGCAGGCCCCACCAAAGCAUUGAUGUAUAAUUUUAAUAUGCUCAAAUUUUAAUUAAUUUAGCUUGCUUUUGGACUUGUGCGAGUAGUAGUUGAGCUGACCGAAAGCAGUCCCUUUGAAGAGCCUUAAUACUGGAUCCUAACGGGUCUGUACUACCUGUCGGUUUUGGACCAUUUAAGGGAAGCUGGACUUCCUUUAGGAAAACAAACCACAGAACCCACAGAGAAGAACUGUCAACUUUCAGAUGUAGCAGCCAUUAAACAAUACCAUCCCUGGUAUAUCGCAGCUCAUAUACAAUGAUUUCAUUUAAUCAGAGUUUGAGAAGGUGACAAUCCUUAUUGUGUAUUCAUGAACGGAUUAGCUAAAUCAAAGUGCCUUAAUCAAUGAACACCACUUCAAUGCUAAUGGUGUUAUUUUGACUGUGAGAAAGUAAUUUUACUUUUAUUUACUGUGAGAAUUUUAGUGUUCAACAUUUAAAAUGAAGUCUUUUGUUAACACCAAGCUACAAUCUUUUAUGUUCUUUGCUGUAGCAUUACCUUGUUUCAAUUAUUUGUGUUAUGUUGCCAAGAAUGAAAAAUGUCUGCACUUUUCAAAAUG